AUCCAACUUCCGCUGCCCCCAAGCAGGAGGGAUCCGAACCUCUUUUCACGUCCUUCCCCCCAUCUUUUCUCGCGCGUCAAGUUGCGCGUCGAGUUCGGCCUGACGCCGCUUCUCCAACAUGAAUAUCAAUCGAGAGGAGCGGCAGCAAAUGCGGCAGCGCGGAGCAGCGUCACGUAAGACGAAAGAGAUCAACUUUGGCUUUUCGUUUGGGCUAGCUCCUUCGCCGCCGGACGAAGCUGCUGAUUCCGCGUCGCGCCCGGCCGAUGUUGGAAUCGAUGGUGAACCUCCUGCCUUACCUCCACCGCCGCCGCCAACAACAACAACGACGACGACGACGACGACGACGACAGCGACAACAGUAGCAGCAGCAGCACCGCCAAUUACUACAAAUUAUACAAGUAUUGCAGAUGAAGCUACGCAAAAUGGCUUGCCGCCUGCGGCUGAGCCUUCGACUUCCCAGAACCAAGAACCCGCUCGACGGACGUCAGGAAGCCCGCGCACCAGAUCCUCGCCCAGACUGUCUUCGCAUAAGAGUCUAUCGGAUGAUGCAACGGAAGCCGGUCCAAGUCGCAAGAUCAGAAAACUUGAUCACCCUAGGAGCUCCCCUAGGAGUUCAGCUGCUGCGCACAGCGCUGAGAACCCCCCUUCUCUCGCCAAUGGGAUCGCCCCGAAUGAUCCAGCUCAAACUGCUGAGGAGUUAACUGUUGCGACCGAGCCUGUCCCGGCCCCCGCUUCCGAAGCUUUGAUCGAGAGACCAGCAUCACCCGUUGCGCCGGCAGCAGUCUUUAUAGCGCCCAAUGACCUCGCGUCUCCGCAGGCUCCCCAGGAACAGGAGUCAGCGGCAGUGGCUACAGAGAAGCUGUCCUCGAGGCCUAAGUCAGCAUCACCCAGAGCGAACGGAACACCCUCCCCGCCAGGUAAGAAGGCAAGAGGCAAGCGCAAGAGACAAGGCUCUCAGGAAAGUGAACGAUCGUCGCCUACUACAACUAGUCCGAAGACGAGCGAAGAGCAGAUCGAACAACCAGCAGAGCCCAUGGAUACAUCGCUGGAUGUACAACCUGAAACUACGGAACCACCAACGACAGUUGUGCCAGAUACUGUUGAACUGUCAAACGACACAAUUCUUCCAGAUCUUCCUGAGUCGACCGAACCCGUUGAGCCUCAAACCGUCGCCGAGCCCCAAUUGACCGCCCCAUCCCAAGAAACAACCCAAUCCCAUGCCGCCACCGAACCUCAACCGAUUACGAAGCAAUCGAGACUACCCGUUCCUUCGCGAACCAAGCGAUCGCGCGGCGAACGAGCUGCAUCCGUCCAGCCACACACGACUACGGUCGAAGAGCCUCGAGUGGCGAGAGCAGGGUCCGCGGAAAGUGCGCCAGUUGAAGCUAAGGGAAAUAAGAGAAUCCGGACACGGGUGGAUGGGGUCUCUGAGCGAGAAAAUGAUGCUUCCAUCACCAACGGGGAGCCAGAGGGUCAGAGUAUGGAGGUAGAUGCUCCCCGAGGAGCAGAAGUGAGUGCUGCGGAGCGAAAGGGAGCCCGCAGAGGACGUCCACUACAGUCGGAGGUAGCAGAAACGAAACCGAAGCGCGCUGGUCGCCCCGGAAGAAAGGUUUCGCCCUCUCUCCAGGACGUGGUCGAGGAGGAGGAAGCUCCAGUCGAGGAGGCGCAGAAGGAGGUGCAGGAGCCGGAAGAGUCGGCGUCACAGCCCAUGCCAAGAGGACGGAGACCCAAGGAAUCUGAGCCACAGCCGGUGGAGCCCGAGCCAAGUCAGCUGGAGCCGGAGCCACAGGAGCAGGCCCUACCAUCAGAGGCGCAGCCGAAGCGCAAAGGACGGCGACCCAAACAAGCAGAGCCGGAGCCUGUACAUCCAGAGCCAGAGCAAGCGGAACCUGCGCUACAGCCACAAGACCAUGAAGCAGAAGCGGAGACAGCAUCUCGCUCGAAGCAAAGAGGACGGAGAGCUAAGCCAACGGAACCGGCACCAGGGACAGCAGCGGCUCCGGAACCAGCAAUGCCUGAUUCAAAGCACAGAGGGCGGAGAGCUAGGACUGCAGAGCCAGAGAUUCCACAACCAGAGACAAAACCGGCGGAACAACCAGUGGACGAGCCAGAGCCAAGGUCAAGAGGGCGCAGGACAAGGACAGCUGAGCCGGAGACAGCACAAGCGGAGCCCGGCCCGGCAGAUCAACAACCAGCCGAGGCAGAGCCCAGGCGCAGAGGGCGGAGAGCACGGACAGCUGAGCCGGAUGAACCACAACCACAGCCAGAUCCAGAGCCGGCCACGCAAGAAUCAGUUGAGACAGCGCCGAAGCCCAGAGGACGGAAAGCGCGGACAGCCGGGCUGGAAGGUGCACAACCAGAGCCAGAGCCGGCCACGCACGAACCAGUUGAAACAGCGCCAAAGCCAAGAGGGCGGAAGGCGAGAGGAGCCAAGUCGAUACCACCAAAGCCAGCAGAAGCUGUUCCGGAACCUGAGGUGGUCGAACCCGAGGUCGCACAGCCAGAACCAGAACCCGAGUCUUCGCAGGCACCCGCUGAACCCCGAUCUCGCAAGCGUGGUCGUGGCGGCAGGCAGGCAGGAGAGAGUGCCGGGGUUAGCGCGACACGCAAGGCAGACAACGUUCCAGCAGAAGGCGAGGGCAGCGCAGAGCCUCCGACGCGGAGACGCAAGCCCAGACAACCUCGCGGAGAGACCGUGCCGGUCACUGUGUAUCGUCUUGCGAACGUUGUUGCUCUCGGGGGCGAUCCCACACUGUUGGAGUCGUCGGAUGACGAGGGCGAGACCGCUGAGGCGUCGUCCGACCGGCAGCAGGCCAAGUUGCCAAGCCGAGGCGGCGUGAAUGUGGCCGACGUACUGGGCCAGAUCUGCCGCGAGACAUUGGAAAAGACGCUGACGACGCUGACCAACGGCAUCGACGGCGAAGGGAACGCCGCGCGGCGCGCCGAAUGGACGCGCAAGAAGAAGGUGGUUGAGGCGUACGGCAGCGAACUGGAGGGCCGACUGCUCGAGCUGAGUGAGAUGCUGGACGGCAACUUCGUGCUUGGGGUCAAGAUGCGCAAAGCCAAGCGCGAGAUGAUGGAGUAUCGGAGUCGACUGUACCAAGUGCGAAAGGAGCGAGAGGCGGUUGCGUUGCAAAUGGACGCCGUCCGGAGAAAACAUGCCGAAAAUGAGUCUGCACGAAAGGCGCGUUCGACCAUCAACAACUCCCUCCACAGUCUCGACCUCGCGCUUGAGCGUCGUCAGACCCACCCGGCCGAUCCUGAAGAGACCACUGAUCUGGGGGGAAUGGAGUUUCUGCUUCGCAACGUUGCGGAGACGGUCAGUUCCGCCGCCCCCGGCGGCCAGGGCGGGCUGCUGCAUCAACUUCGCUCCUUCAACGCACAGCUCGAAUCUACGGCACGGCGGCUGGAGAGUUGAGCGUGGAGCUUCCUCUCGACCCAUUGUGUUGAGACUUCUGUCAUUCUCGGUUUCUUUUUCGUUGCGUCACCACCUGAAAUGCGAAUUUCGUAUCUUGCUCGUCUUGCUCUUUCUAUCGAUCCCGAAUACCCACAUGACACGAACACUGCGACAGGUAGUUUUUUUUUUUUUU